AUGUCAAAAUCAUUGAAUGCCAAGAAACAAGUAGAAAAACUUAGUGGCUUAUGUAGAGCUUUAAAAGAUCAAUUGAAUGAAUUAAGAAAACCACAACAAUGCCAAAAGGAAUCACAAAACUUGGAAGCUAAACAAAAUGAACAGGAACUGACGUCUACUGCGUCUCCCACUUCUUGUUGUUGUCAUCAUCAUCCUGGUGAUGAUGUUGAUGAUCAUCAUCUUCAUGAGGCAGAGAAGACAAAGGGAAAAACUGCUGACAAUUCAUUAGAAGAUUCUAAUUUGAUUCAUCAAAAUAAUAAUGAUAAUAUUAAUCUAAAUAGUAGUACAACAAAUCAAUCAGGUUCUCAUAGCAAUAAUACUCAAAACGGAUGGAAAUGUUUAACCCUAUACAGCAACAAUGACGACAAUUGGAAAGAGUAG